AUGUCGAAAGAUGAAACGUCAAAAGACGAGUGGCAGAAACACCAACCCGAGUUUCAUGACGAAAAAAAGUGGAACAUAGAAAGAGAUGAUGGCAGAAUACAUGAGAAAACCUAUGACUCGAAUAAAUACGUAUCUGGAGCAAGACGCGUGAUGAAUGGAACAGUGCCCAUGAACAUUUUACAGUUUCAUGCAGAUGGUUUGUUGCUGGUAUCACAAGGAGGACAUCCAGAUUACACAAUUACUUUCUGGGAUUGGCAGAAGUCUGAAAUAGCAUUAAAAUGUAAAUCUUACAAUAGAAAUGUUUACAAUAUAACGAUAUCUUCGUCGUUACCUGGAUAUUUAGCGACAAGUGGUUUGGGACAUAUAAAAUUUUGGAAAAUCUCCGAAACAUUUACCGGGCUUAAAUUAAAAGAUGAAAUUGGUAAAUUUGGUCAGACAGAGAUCUCUGACAUUGUAGGUGUAUAUAUCAUGCCAGACGGCAAGGUUGUAUCAGGCUGCGAGUGGGGAAACAUUUUGCUAUGGGAAGAAGGUUCAAUUACUCUUGAAAUAUGUAGAAAAAAUCGGCAGCCAUGUCAUGCUAAAGCGAUUACACAAUUUGAAUAUAUGAAUGGGGAACUUAUAUCAAUUGGUAUGGAUGGAUGGAUUCGAAUUUGGUUUUAUGAAACUAUAGAUCAAGCAAAUCCCCAAAAUGGUAAACGUUUUCUAGAAAUUCAACCUAUCUAUGAAUAUCAUCUCAGUGAGAGUGAUGGAACAAGUGCAAUGCUAAUGUGUAUAUGUAAACAAGAACCAGAUAGCCUAGAGAGUACAUUUUGGUAUGCACAAGAUGGAAAUGGUGGAAUUUGGCUAAUAGAUUUCCAUGACUGGACAACACAACUACCACAAAAAAUAUUUACAUGCCAUGCGGGAGCUAUAGUCGAUAUGGAUAAUGCAACGUGGGGUCCUUUUGUAGCUACACUUAGUAAAACCGGACAGUUGUAUAUUUAUAAUUAUCUAGAAAAAAAGUUAAUUUUGGCACAUCAAUUUAACGACGCUGGCAGUCAAGUUGUCUGGUUCCCAUGUCAGAUUGAAACAACAGGAUCAACACUUGCUUGUGCUUUCGAAAGUGGUGUUAUUCGUAUAAUUGUUGUAGCGGUAUCAACGACUGACACUAUUGAUAAUGUAAAAGGAGAUUAUGUUAGGCUGAUUCAAGUCAUAAAACCGCACAAAAUGGCAAUAACCGCAAUGUCUCUAAAUCCAUCAUGCAACCUACUGGUGACUGGUGGUGAAGAUUCAAUUGUGUUUAAUUUCAAAAUUGUAAUCACUGAAACUUUUCCUGCCAUUACGCCAAUUGGUUUCAUUAAAGUACCUUCAGGAAUCACGUGUCUCACAUGGAAACCACAAUGUGAAACUACAUUAUUAAUUGGAUGUUCACAAGGUGAUUGCGUAGAAGUUAUAUUACCAAGCACACCUCAACCGUACACUAUCGCUUCAUAUGAACUCGUUCAGUGUCAACCGAAAGUAUUUAAAUUUCAUUCUGUAAAAUCUGCUAUUCAAAGAGAAUUAAUACGCCUACAUCGAGAGGAAGAGAAAAAAGAGAAAAUAGCGAAAAGACGUGAAGAAAUAGAGCGAUUAACAGCUGAAAGUCCUGGAUUAGAAAUUAACGAGGAGGCAUUUUUUGAUAUAGAAGAAGAAGAGCCAUUACCGGAAGUAUAUAUACCAAAAAUACCAAACAAGAUAUUAACAGCACAAUAUAUUAGUCGCGAUAUUAUUUGGUUGUCAAUAGCAGGAUUUGACGCGGGAUAUAUGUACGAAUAUCUAAGCCCAGAGGUUACUGAAGAUAUUGGGAAGGAGCCUACUAAAAGUAUCGCAAUAUACGACGCAGAUGACAUAGAAAUACGAAGUUGUCUCUUUUAUAAAGAAAGGAAGUAUUUGUUUCUGGGAAUGGAGCAUGGAGAAAUACGAGUUUGUAGAUGGAAACCUGAAAAUUAUACAGAUCUUUCAGAUUAUUGGAUAAUUCCAAUGCACGAUAAUUAUAAUGGUUACAUCCCAAAAAUUAUUCUCAGCCAUGAUCAAAAGAUGUUAUUUACAUGUGGAUACGAUGGAAAUUUGUUUUCUUAUGAAAUAAACGAUGAUACACCAUUCGAGAAAAUUGAAUUCGAAAAAACCAAAGGGACCUUAGCCUUACCAUACACCAGUGUUGAAGAUAUCGAAGAAAUUGAUUAUGCAAGUCUGGAAGAGAUGAUUCAACAAGCUGAAUAUAACAGAAUUGAGACUGCGGCAAAACAAAGUAAACGUCAGACUUUAGAGAUAUUACUCAAAUUAAGCGAAGAAUAUAACAAGAUUGUAGAAAGGAAUAACACACUGCCAAAGUUUCAUCAAUUAAGUCAUAAAGAAUUGGAACUAGAUUUUAGAAUUAUAACUGAUCUAAAUAAAGAAUUGGACGCGGAAAUGUCUACAGUAUGUGAGAAAUUGGCGUUUAAAGUGGAGAAAAGCGAGCUUAGAUUACAAAAACUUCUAGAACAUUUUAUUCAACCAAUUACAUGUUUACCAUUUGUUGUUUGCAAAAUAUCGAAACCAGAUAACAUGGUAUAUUCUUUGCGUCAACGCAUCUUGGAUAUUGACGUUACUUUGCCGCAUAUUGAUACGAUAAAACAUACGCAUAUAUCCGAUGAAAAAGCGAAUGGAAAUAGUAUAACGGAUGUCAAAAUGCAACAUUACGAGAUGAAGGACCGAGAAAAGGAUAAAGCGAAAAUAGAAGAAGAAAUUGAGGUAACAGAAACGAAACCAACCAUGGAUUUCUUAAAAGAUAUAAAUUACGAAGACAUGGAUAGCAGCCUGGGAAUUCAAUUAAAUCAAAUGUUACGUAAAUAUACUUUGCGAAAAACAAGAUUGGAACAACGCGAAAAAGAAUGGAAAGUUAUAUAUAACGAAAAGCCAGAUACAUCUGUUAAUCAGAUGUAUGAUGUACUCGCUAUAGAGGAAGCAAAAAGAACUAUCGGUGAUUAUAAAUUAAAGACCUCUUCAACUUUCAACUUGCUGUCGGAAGAACGAGAUACUCUCUUUUCGAAAUAUAAGGAACUGCUAAAUUGUCGAAAAAAGCUUUACUAUCAGCAAGAAGCUUUCAACACAAGAUUGAAAGCUGUAAGAGCAGAAAAGGAACACUUACACAUGGAAGUUCUACAUUUAAUAAAAUUCCUCAAAAAAAUUCACGCCGAGAUACCGUUAGAAAGUGUGAAACCUUUGCCAGUUAUUCCUGCGUUAAAUAUUAAUAUAGAAUUUCCCGAGAAAAAAGUAAUGAUCGAAGAAUAUACAUUGAAAGCAGACAUGGAGCAAAGACGAACAACAGUUUUGCCAGAACAGAUAUCUGUUUGUCCAGACGAAGAAUACGAAGUGCUACUUCUAGAUGAGAAAUUUCCAAAAAGUGCAAGAACUUUUAGCGGACUGCUUGAAAAGAAAAUGAAGAUCCAACCCACUGUCAAAGAUAAUAUGAAGUUAUUUUAUUUAAGUGAUGACAUCGAGAAUUUAUGGGAACGAGAAAUGAAAUUUUCUCGUGUAUUGCGAAAAAAGCAUGAACAGGAUUGCAUAUUAAGAUGCAUACAAACUAAAUGUGAAAAUAUAGACAAGAAAUUAGACAAAUUAGAACAUGAUAGAUUGAACAUUGUUACCGAGAAUGUCAAUCUUAAUUUAUUUUUACUGACCCUUCGUCAAGAAUAUAUUAUCUUGAAAGAAUAUGAAACAAUGGAAAACAAAUUACAUGACCAAGUUAAUCUUAAAUCAGAAGAAGUCACAGCGGUGAGGCAAAAGAUACAGAUAGCAACCGACAAAGUUGACAUUAAAACGAAGGAAAUUACAGAAUUACGUAAUCAGAUAAAGGAUUCUUUUUCCAAAUUCAUGCGUAGAAUAAGUGAUAACAAAUUCCGUAACUUUUUACAUAGAAUAUUGAAGAAGAAGUAUAAAGAAGUGAAGGAAGACGACGAGACUACUACAACGACUGAAACGGAUUCAGAAGAAACGGACGAUGUUGAUAAUGGAGAAUCCGAAUUAAUUUAUUUCGAUGAAAACGUAUGUCCGCCAGGAUGUGAUAAAACAAUGUAUGACUUGGCAUUUUCGAUAAGAGAAACACGAUAUGCGCGUGAAUAUCAAAUUAAGGAUGCGCAACGAGUUAUAGAGGCCCUUCAUAAAGAGAUUCAAAUUCAUAUGAAGAAGCUAAAAAUUGCAGAGAGUGUUUUGAAGAAAAAUGAGGAUGAUUUAAAAAUGUUUAUGCUUGAGAAACAGCGAAAAUUAAACAAUGUGCAAGUUACGGUGCUAAUGAAAUUACAUCAGUUGCAAUAUUUUGGCGAAUCCCAAAUUCCAUUUAAAGUGCAUGAUUGCGUAGUGUUCGAUAAGAAAAAACUGUCUAAAUUAUACGCGAGAAUACAACAGUUAUACGAGGAAACACUUGAAUUACAUGUUAAACACAAAGAUGCUCGAACACAUCUCCACAGAAUUAAACUCGAUUAUAAUCAUAUGCGUGUCAAUAAUAAAAAAUUGCAAGAUGAGAUAAAGCUGAAAAUAAUGAACAAGUUUGGUCAGAGUUUAUCCUUAAAUAAAUUAUAUGAAACGAUACUUCGUCGAAUAGUAUAUGAUAUCAAAGCCAAUUUAAGUGAGGCAUCAACGUAUUUCACUAAACGAAUCAAGCAUGUCAAAAAAAAUUACGUUGAAGAAUUGAGCAUAUUUAACAAGUUGCUCCGGGAACAUACGCAAAAAUUGAGUUUUUUGACACUUUUAGUGGAAGAGCAAUCAAAACUUCAAAAACUGUUAAAGCAACGCAUCAUAUCGAAUGAAGAAAUGCUGCAGUUGGAGGAGAAAUACAAAAGUGAUAUAAUGAAAUUGGAGAGUAUCCUUGAAAAUCAAAUGCGACAGAAGCAUCUAUUUCAGAAUGAUAUUAAGAAUCUUAGAUUAAAGACAAAGUCACAAUAUCCAGUCUAAUUUAAGGAAGUAUUCAGUGAUAAAGGUAGUAAUAAGAAUAGGAA